CACCCCCACCCCCCCAGCUGAGUGGAGGAGUUGAUGUGUCUCAUUAUAACAGCCAAUGCAGCCGCCAUCCACGCACAAGCAAAGAAGCAUGUCCCAUUUAAAUACACCCACGCAGCCCCAGCGCCCUUAGCUGCUCAGGGCGCGCAGCCCACACGCACCGCGACUCCGGGCUUGGAGAUCCGCGCAGGCUGGGCUCCCGGAGCCGGCGGACUGACGCGCGGAGGAUCGCGAUCAGGCGCUGUGGGGCCGGGGUGGGCGGGGGAGGCUGGGCCCCGGGCCUCUGGCGCGACACCCGCAUGAGGACGCGAGUGAAAUAGACCGAGGUGGAAUUUUCAACGGGGAAUCUUCGGGGUGGUUUUGGUCCAUUUCUCCUGCGAAGAAGUCGACAUGGCGAGCGACUCUCCGGCUCGCAGCCUGGAUGAAAUCGAUCUCUCGGCUUUGAGGGACCCUGCAGGGAUCUUUGAAUUGGUGGAACUUGUUGGCAAUGGAACAUAUGGACAAGUGUAUAAGGGUCGUCAUGUCAAAACGGGCCAGCUUGCAGCCAUCAAAGUUAUGGAUGUCACAGGGGAUGAAGAGGAAGAAAUCAAACAAGAAAUUAACAUGUUGAAGAAAUAUUCUCAUCACCGGAAUAUUGCUACAUACUAUGGUGCUUUUAUCAAAAAGAAUCCACCAGGCAUGGAUGACCAGCUUUGGUUGGUGAUGGAGUUUUGUGGUGCUGGCUCUGUCACUGACCUGAUCAAGAACACGAAGGGUAACACGUUGAAGGAAGAGUGGAUCGCGUACAUCUGCAGGGAGAUCUUACGAGGGCUGAGUCACCUGCACCAGCAUAAAGUGAUUCAUCGAGAUAUUAAAGGGCAAAAUGUCUUGCUGACUGAAAAUGCAGAAGUUAAACUAGUGGACUUUGGAGUCAGUGCCCAGCUCGAUCGAACAGUGGGCAGGAGAAAUACCUUCAUCGGGACGCCCUACUGGAUGGCUCCAGAAGUUAUUGCCUGUGACGAAAACCCAGAUGCCACAUAUGAUUUCAAGAGUGACUUGUGGUCUUUGGGAAUCACCGCCAUCGAGAUGGCAGAAGGUGCUCCCCCUCUGUGUGACAUGCACCCCAUGAGAGCCCUCUUUCUCAUCCCCCGGAACCCAGCGCCUCGGCUGAAGUCUAAGAAGUGGUCAAAAAAAUUCCAGUCCUUUAUUGAGAGCUGUUUGGUAAAGAAUCACAGCCAGCGACCAGCAACAGAACAACUGAUGAAGCAUCCAUUUAUACGAGACCAACCUAAUGAACGACAGGUCCGCAUUCAGCUCAAGGACCAUAUCGAUAGGACAAAGAAGAAGCGAGGAGAGAAAGAUGAGACGGAGUAUGAGUACAGCGGGAGUGAAGAAGAAGAGGAGGAGAAUGACUCAGGAGAGCCCAGCUCCAUUCUGAACCUGCCCGGCGAGUCGACGCUGCGGCGGGACUUUCUGAGGCUCCAGCUGGCCAACAAGGAGCGGUCUGAGGCCCUGCGGCGGCAGCAGCUGGAGCAGCAGCAGCGAGAGAACGAGGAGCACAAGCGGCAGCUGCUGGCCGAGCGUCAGAAGCGCAUCGAGGAGCAGAAAGAGCAGCGCCGGCGCCUGGAGGAGCAACAAAGGCGAGAGAAGGAGCUGCGGAAGCAGCAGGAGAGGGAACAGCGGCGGCACUACGAGGAGCAGGUGCGCCGGGAGGAGGAGAGGAGACGCGCGGAGCACGAGCAGGAGUACAUCAGGCGACAGUUAGAGGAGGAGCAGAGACAGUUAGAGAUCUUGCAGCAGCAGCUACUGCAUGAACAAGCUCUACUUCUGGAAUAUAAGCGCAAACAGUUGGAAGAACAGAGACAAGCAGAAAGACUACAGAGACAGCUAAAGCAAGAGAGAGACUACUUGGUUUCCCUUCAGCAUCAGCGGCAGGAGCAGAGGCCUGUGGAGAAGAAGCCACUGUACCAUUACAAAGAAGGGAUGAGUCCUAGUGAGAAACCAGCGUGGGCCAAGGAGGUAGAAGAACGGUCAAGGCUCAACCGGCAGAGUUCACCUGCCAUGCCUCACAAGGUUGCCAACAGGAUAUCAGACCCCAACCUGCCCCCACGGUCGGAGUCCUUCAGCAUCAGUGGGGUUCAGCCUGCUCGGACACCCCCCAUGCUCAGACCAGUAGAUCCCCAGAUCCCACAUCUGGUAGCUGUGAAAUCCCAGGGACCUGCCUUGACAGCCUCCCAGUCGGUGCACGAGCAGCCCACGAAGGGCCUCUCUGGGUUUCAGGAGGCUCUGAACGUGAGCUCUCACCGUGUGGAGAUGCCACGCCAGAACUCGGAUCCCACCUCUGAAAACCCGCCUCUCCCCACUCGCAUUGAGAAGUUUGACCGAAGCUCUUGGUUACGACAGGAAGAAGACAUUCCACCAAAGGUGCCUCAAAGAACAACUUCUAUAUCCCCAGCAUUAGCGAGAAAGAAUUCUCCUGGAAAUGGUAGUGCUCUGGGACCCAGACUAGGAUCUCAACCCAUCAGAGCAAGCAACCCUGACCUCCGGAGAACUGAGCCCGUCGUGGAGAGCCCCUUGCAGAGGACCAGCAGUGGCAGUUCCUCCAGCUCCAGCACCCCUAGCUCCCAGCCCAGCUCCCAAGGAGGCUCUCAACCUGGGUCACAAGCAGGAUCCAGCGAACGGACCAGGGUUCGAGCCAACAGUAAGUCGGAAGGAUCACCCGUGCUCCCCCAUGAGCCUUCCAAGGCGAAACCUGAAGAAUCCAGGGAAAUUACCCGACCUAGUCGACCGGCUAGCUAUAAGAAAGCUAUAGAUGAGGAUCUGACGGCAUUAGCCAAAGAAUUAAGAGAACUCCGGAUUGAAGAAACAAACCGCCCACUGAAGAAAGUGACGGAUUACUCCUCCUCGAGUGAGGAGUCGGAAAGCAGUGAUGAAGAGGAGGAAGAUGGAGAGAGCGAGACCCAGGACGGGACAGUGGCUGUCAGUGACAUACCCAGACUGAUACCCACAGGAGCCCCCGGGAGCGCUGAGCAGUACAAUGUGGGAAUGGUCGGCACGCGUGGGCUGGAGACCUCUCACGCAGACACUUUCAGCAGCAGUAUUUCAAGAGAAGGGACCUUGAUGAUAAGAGAAACGUCUGGAGAGAAGAAGCGAUCUGGCCAUAGUGACAGCAAUGGCUUCGCCGGCCACAUCAACCUCCCGGACCUGGUGCAGCAGAGCCAUUCCCCUGCGGGGACCCCCACUGAGGGCCUGGGGCGCGUCUCCACCCACCCCCAGGAGAUGGACUCUGGGACUGAAUAUGGUAUGGGGAGCAGCACCAAAGCCUCCUUCACCCCCUUUGUGGACCCCAGAGUGUACCAGACGUCUCCCACUGAGGAAGAUGAAGAGGAUGAGGAAUCAUCAGCUGCCGCUCUGUUUACUAGCGAACUUCUUAGGCAAGAACAGGCCAAACUAAAUGAAGCAAGAAAGAUUUCAGUGGUAAACGUAAACCCAACCAACAUUCGGCCUCAUAGCGACACACCAGAAAUCAGAAAAUACAAGAAGCGAUUCAACUCAGAAAUACUUUGUGCAGCUCUGUGGGGUGUAAACCUCCUGGUGGGAACUGAAAAUGGCCUGAUGCUUUUGGACCGAAGCGGGCAAGGCAAAGUUUAUAAUCUGAUCAACCGGAGGCGAUUUCAGCAGAUGGAUGUGCUAGAGGGACUGAAUGUCCUCGUGACGAUAUCAGGAAAGAAGAAUAAGCUACGAGUUUACUAUCUUUCAUGGUUAAGAAACAGAAUAUUACACAAUGACCCAGAAGUAGAAAAGAAACAAGGCUGGAUCACUGUUGGGGACUUGGAAGGCUGUAUACAUUACAAAGUUGUCAAAUAUGAAAGGAUCAAAUUCUUGGUGAUUGCCUUAAAGAAUGCUGUGGAGAUAUACGCUUGGGCUCCUAAACCAUAUCAUAAGUUCAUGGCAUUUAAGUCUUUUGCAGAUCUCCAGCACAAGCCACUGCUUGUUGAUCUCACAGUAGAAGAAGGUCAAAGAUUAAAGGUUAUUUUUGGUUCACACACUGGUUUCCAUGUAAUUGAUGUUGAUUCAGGAAACUCUUAUGAUAUCUACAUACCAUCUCAUAUUCAGGGCAAUAUUACUCCUCAUGCCAUUGUCAUCUUGCCUAAAACAGAUGGAAUGGAAAUGCUUGUUUGCUAUGAGGAUGAGGGGGUGUAUGUAAACACCUACGGCCGGAUAACUAAGGAUGUGGUGCUCCAAUGGGGAGAAAUGCCCACGUCUGUGGCCUACAUUCAUUCCAAUCAGAUAAUGGGCUGGGGCGAGAAAGCUAUUGAGAUCCGGUCAGUGGAAACAGGACAUUUGGAUGGAGUAUUUAUGCAUAAGCGAGCUCAAAGGUUAAAGUUUCUAUGUGAAAGAAAUGAUAAGGUAUUUUUUGCAUCCGUGCGAUCUGGAGGAAGUAGCCAAGUGUUUUUCAUGACCCUCAACAGAAAUUCCAUGAUGAACUGGUAACAGAAGAGCACUUGGCACUUAUCUUCAUGGCGUUAUUUCUAAUUUAAAAGAACAUAACUCAUGUGGACUUAUGCCAGUCUAGAGGCAGAAUCAGAAGGCUUGGUUGACCAUACCGCUUUACCCUUUUCCUCUCCCUCCACCCGUCCCAGUACAGUCCAUCUUUCAGUGUUGCAGCCUGGUUGAGAAGGAGAGAAAAAGGUGGCAGGAAUUUCCAGGAGAUCCCCAAGAAUGCUGCGUUGUCUGUGGACAAAGAUGGACCAUGUGCCCUUCGGAGUUAGGGAUAGAAACAAAUAUUGUGUGCUCUUAUGAUUAAGCUGUGUUCUGGUGGGUUUUUGAGUUUUAUUUUGUUUUGUUUUUUUACUUUUUUUCUUUACCCCUUUACUUUGUAAGAAUGGGGAAAGAAUGCAUACUGAGAAAAUGUCUGUUUUUAAUUGUCUGCCUGCUAGCUUUAAGUAUACAAUGUGUUGUAAAAUUUCCAAUUUCGAAUGGUGAGAGACAGCACAAUAAAUGUACCUUAUCUCUUUACACUGAAGGCCAUAACUACAUAGUGGGGUAAUUGUAGAGCUCUUUUGCCUUCACGAACCCAAAAGGUUGCUUUUUGAUAGCAACUGCUAAUGGAUUUUAAAAGAGAAGAAAAAUACUAGUUUUCCCCUCUUUUGGGAAAUAGAUUUUAAAUGGCUAAACUACUAGCCUUAGACUAAUAAAAUCAACUACCAUUUUUGUGAGUCUGGCAGGCCCUCUUUUAUAUGGCCCUGUACAGAACAGAGUGUAUUGAAUGGGAUAGUAGUGCCAUUGAGUUGAGUUGGCUCUAGUGAAUGAGAGACUCUAUAAUACAACAUUGCCUCAGCGAUUAUGCAACAGAUCAGGGCAAAAGAUGGGAUGACAGAGGGGGUCAGACAGAAAGAGCUUCUGGAAACAAGCUAAAAAUGUAUAUACACACACACACACACACACACACACACUUUUUUUUCUUCCAAAUGCACAAAACUUCCCAGCUAAGAGGUCACUCUGUUCGGGCUUCUUUAGGAGUUAAGCCUUUGUUCUUUCUGGGAAUUGGAGAAUAAAUAAGAUCCAGGCUCUGGUCGUUCCCAGCUUUCUCCUGAGGGUGCCACUUUCCCAAGAUGAAAACUGUGACUGAAAAAAUAAUAAUAAUAAAUGUUUCUGAGCUGCCUGUGUUCUCUCUGGGUUGGUGAGAGAAGGGACUAGACUACUAAGCCUGCCUGAGACCCAGCGGGCAUCAUUGGUUCAGAUGUUAUAGAACUUGAAAGCAAGGCUUUGGCCAAAAUUCUGAGACCCUAAUCAUUUUACCUUCCUCCAAAUUACCCAACAUACGGUAAACAACAUUUGUGCAGAAUAUGUAUGUAUUUCGUUCAGGUUGACUUGUGUCCUUAUAGACUCUUACGCAGAUGAUUUGAACUUUUACGUGACUGUCUGGGAUUUUUUUUCCAAAGCUACCAGCAUGGCCGCCUGCGGUAUCAAGGUGUUGCAAAACGAUAUCUGUGUUGCGCUUCCUGUUUUAACCUACCUCGUUUCGUUUGUUUUGUUUCACUGUUCAUCACAGCAGUGUUAUCUCCAGGAGACAUAUAGAGAGCUCAACUGGCAAUCUCAGGUGCACUUAAUAUUUUAAAAUAAAACAGUAGUUGACCAAAUUGUUCCUCCUGAAAAAUUGAAAAAAAAAAAAAUCCAACAACAACAAAACUAAUGUGGCUUGUUUCUGGAGAAAACAAUUACGCUAAACAGAUCCAAAAAAAAAAAUCUAUGAUCCUACUGAUUUUGCCUAAAUACAUGAGCAGCUGAUGUACUAUUAAUGAGAACGAAAUACACAUUAGGAAAACGGCACCAUUUCAAUCUGGUGGCUUGGGCGAGGGGGGGCGGGGAAGGGGAAAUAUUCUAGUCCUGUUAUAGAUGAUUCUGCCCCUCCUGUAAAGGUGGUUGUCAUUUGCAUUUAUUUUAAGCAGGUAGCACAGGAAUGGAAUUGAGGAUUAUCUUCAGGCGAUCACCAAGAUGUCCUCAUUGUGGCCCCUUUAGUGCUCAAAAGCAAUGAUAUCCUCCCGUUCUCAUUUUUACUGCUAAGGUUCUGCUGCUGAACAAUAUUAUCUUCACAAAUUCCGUGCAACAAAUUCAGCAAUAACGUUUUGGAUUGAAUUUAGCAACUACUGUAAUUGGAUGCUGACGUGGGCAAGAUAUAUUGAUUUGGGUCUCAUCCCCGCAUGUGAUUGCCACCAGCUCUUUAUAUUGCUGCUGUGGUAUUUUAAACCAGAAGCUUCUUUAAAUUAUGUUGCAAACUGAUCUUUGUUUUUAUGUUUUGUUUUGUUUUUAUUUCUAAGUGGUAAGUUCAAAACACACAGCUUUAAAUGAUUUUUUUAUUGUGGGAUUUUGGGUACAGUUAAGAAAUAAAAGGGAAUCAUUGUGUUUAAACAUAAGGUAGUUUGUGAAUGUAUUUUUUAAAGCCUAGAUUCAUUGAAACAAAAAAUCAUAAGAGAACAAUAUUAAUGCAGUCUUGUUUACAGUAUGUACAGUGACAUAACAUAGAACAUGAGCUUUUCUGGUGCCAACAACAAUAAAACACAGACGUUAAACAUCAAGCCAUGCCUUUUAUAUUUUUGUACAAAUAUCUUACACAGAGUACAAGGCAAAACCAAAUUUAAAAAGGGCCCCCCACAAAUCUGUGCUCCUUAAAAGAUUUCUAAAGAAUUCUUUGAAGCUUUUAUCUCCAAAAAUACAUUUCCUCCAUCAGGACUGGCCCUAGCCCUGAAAUACUGAGGCCUAGGUCAUGCAGAAUAUUUCAGAAUAACUAUUCUUGGGCCCAUAACAAUUCCCAACUUUUUGGUUUGCUUUAAUUCUUUAUUCUUUUUUUGGGGGGGGCAGGGGUGAGGGGGUGGUUGUGCUUUUCAUCCCUCUUAAUAUCAUCUUAAAAAUAAAAUGAGCCAGUUCUAGAGAUAAAAUCCCCAGCAGGAAAAACUAAAACUAAAAACUGAAACUAGUUUCAAGACCAAAGAAAUUUUUAUUAAGAUUUCUAUACAAAGAGAAACUGAGACCUCCCUCCCCCAAAGUAAGUUUCUCUAGAUCUUUUCUGUCUUUGCUACUCUCAGUUGAUAAUCAUGCAGUAAGAUCCACGGCAGCUGCUCACACCAUCGUCGUGGGCCGGGGUCUGUCAGGCGACUAUCGUUGCUGAGUGCCAGUCCGGGACGCUAGAGAAGAUUCCUCCAUACAGUGGUUAAUGGGAACAGCGGACCUGUAAGAUCCCUUCAGAUGGGGAGAGUACUCUCUCUCCAUGCCAAUUACAUUCAGACCAUUGUCCUUGCACACAAUAUAAGUGAAGACAGCUUGCACUAAGUGCCACAUAAAAUCUAAUGACUCUAUUUAGAUAUCAUUUUUCUUGAAGACUUUCGAACAGGGCUUCCAGAAGACUUGGAGCUACUUCAACAGUAUAGGUUAAGGCGCAGAUGACAUCCCACAAGGCCACUCAAACAGGGACUCCAUUUUUCUAACACUUUGACACAGCUUUCCAAGACAUGCUUCUUACACACGUUGCAUCAAGUACACAUUUUUUAAAAGCAUCUUAAUUCCUGGUUGUCAAGACCUACUAACAGUUUUCUGUCUGCUCUUGUGACUUAUUGGUAAUUGGUGUCUCUGGUCCCUCCUGUGCAGUAGAUUAGAAAGAGAUGUGAAAUUCAGGCCGGAGCCAUUUUGGUUUUGUCCAUUGCCAGACAAGAAACGGCUGAAGUCUGACCUCACAUUCCAUGAAGUUAAAAAAAAAAAAAAAAAUGUUUUCCCUACUAGUAUGUGUCCCACUUGCUGUCACUGUAUCCUUGAAAUGUUGAAGAGCUAUUUGUGUUAAUAGUGUGUGCUGUCUUUGAAAGUCUGCUUGAACAGGCAUCACUUGCAUUUGUGCUGACUGCUUUAAGGUAUAAGAUAUGCUACAUUAUUUUUAAGAAAGAAGAUGCAGUUACUGGUCAAACUUUUUUAACCUUCCGGAGGAAAAUAGGAGAAUAUCCAUAACAUGCUCAUGGCAAUUCUGAAUGACCCUGCCAUGCUCCCAACGUUUCCAAAUCUCCUGAUUCUAUGUUCUGACCAUCUCAACAGUUUCUGUGAAUUAUUAGUUACCUUUUAGUUCAUCCCGCAAAAUUUUAAAUCUAACUAUAUCAAAGAAUAACAAACAAAUUCAAAGCUGGCUUCCCUGAGACUAUACAGUUACAAAAUAAAAUCCAAAAAUCUAAAUUUGAUUUCAUUUACCUGCCAGCAUUUCUCAUAAAUACCAUUACAUUUUGGCCUUGAUCAGGAUUGCAAUAUCAAGAACCUUAAAAUGUGCUACUCUCCUUUUAUGGGUCCCAAAAUGGGUAUAAACUGAUCUUCUUUCAGAAGCUCCAGCAAAAAAGAAAACCUCCCGAGAGUUUGCAAGUUCAAAACUGACCAUUUGUACAUGUCUACCAAAUAUUUUCUAGUGUUGUUUGAUUUGCAUACUGUAUCAUUGUUCUGGGACUUUUUCCAUAGACAAUUAGAAUAUUCAACAAUUUGCAUAGCAUCAAACAGUAUGAGACCAUAACUCUCUGCUUUGAACUUCAUUCUUCUAGGGCUGUCAUUCCAGAAAAUGCCAGAAUGCACCAAAAUGAAACGCAUAAAAGCAUUUUAAAAGCAAAAAUCCCUGGAUAAGUUUUGAGAUAUUCUAAAUUCAAACCAAAAUCUUUGACUCUGUCCAUGAUGCCAAACAUUUGGAUGAAGACUAGAAAAUACAGUUUAAAAUAGAAAUGUUCUAAAGUUUCCAGAUUUUUGCUUUGUGUAGAUAUAUUCAAACUAACUCAACUCCUUGCAUGGUAGGGUUUGGUUUUGAUGGUUUGUUUUUAUCACACUAAAUUGCAUUGCACAGUUGAGGCUGGGCAAAUCCUGGAGGAAAGGUGAGUUUUCAUUUCCAGCAAUGGAUCAUGGUUUGUCCAUAGCAAAUAUCCAUGCCCCAGCUGCCUCUUCCUCCUAUCUCUUCCCCUGGGGUUAGUAUUAAGGAAUAGUAAUUCUGUAUUAUGGUUUAUUUAAAAACCUCAGACAUCACCCUGAAUCAGAAUUUCAAGUGUUAGGUGACAGCAAGAAAUAAAUCUGCAGCAGGAAAAAACAAAAAAGGAUGACAGCUUGGAUGAAGUUUAAAAUUGGAUGUUGUGAAACUAUUUUUGUGCACUCUAGCUAUCUUUUUUACAAUGUUAACAUAACUGUAGAAAUGCCAAAUUUAUAAUAUUGGAAGGGAAAACUAUCAUUUCGCUGUGCCUACAAGUGUUUACAUUGUUUAAAUCUCCAGUUUUCUAAAGUGUUUUAAAUUGUCAAAAACGUGCUGAAACUGGGUAAGUCUCACCUGUGUCAGGGUAUAAAAGAAGAAAAUCUUGGCAUAUUUUCUAGUCUGAACCUUUUGGUUACUUUCAAGUAUUUUUUUUUUCCCUGCAUUCAAAAAGCCUUCAGUUACUGUUGUCUAAGUUUGUUCCAAGCUGUAGUUAGAAAUGAUUUGAUAGGUUCUAAGCCGGGGUUUUCCCAUACUGUGACUGCCACACCUUGGAAUAUACUAUUUUAUGUUAUCUCUAUCAAAAUGUGAAAAAUAAAAUAUUGAUAGUAGUAGGACGCCUGCUUGUUCUUCAUUGCCACUUCCAGACUAUUAUCCCUUCUUCCUCCUCAACACUUCAAUGCUUUGAAGCUCUUGCCACCAGCCUAUAAGUUCUCCAGUUACCUUCGGUCACUCCCCCUCUUUGCUUCCGUAUCUUGGCUCUUAGCUCACUGUCACCAUCUCCAACACCUCCCUUGAUUAAUUCUUGGUGAUUUCAAGAACCACUUAGAGAAUCCCUGGCUUCUCAGUUUCCUGAUCUUGAACAGUGAAACUUACCAUUACCAAUUACCUCACCACCUCCUAAACUGGUAGCAGGCAAUUCUUCCCAUUUGCUCUAGGUGGAUCUCAUCCAUUGUCACCAAAUAAAGGUCAUCACCCCCCAAAAUCUUCUGUGUCACCAGCUUUACUCAUUCUAUUGGAGGGCUGUACUGCAUUCAUGCUGCAAUCUCUUGUGUUAUAAACACCCUGGGCCCCACUACCAUCCCUAACUGCCAUCUUACUUAUCUGUUCCCCUUCACACACAAAAAAAAACAAAUCAGCUUUUUAUCCUCACCACAAGCAGCUCUUGCUAAGGACACAAGUUAUAUCCACACUGUCAAAUGCAAUGGCCAGGGCUCUGACUUCGUGCCGUUUAACUUACCUGCAGUCUUUAACACAGGUAAUAAUAACUCCUUCCUUCUUGAAGUAUUGAAUAGUUUCUCAGCUCUGGGACAUCCUCUCAUGUUCUCUCUCCUCUCUGACCAUUCCUUAUUGGUCUCCUUUGCUGAAUUCCUAGAGUGCCCAGCACUGGACAUCCCCUUUCUAAGUGAUCUCUUCUAGUCUUGGGGCUUGAAAAACCAUCAUAUUUUUAUCAAUACUCAUAUUUUUAUCCCCAGCCCUAAUCUCUUUUCUGAAAGCCCGAUUUAUAUGUCUAAAACUACUUACUUGGCAUCUUCAUUGGAUACAUAAUUGACAUCUCAAACUCAACAUAUUUAUAAAUUUAUUUUAUUUUUAUUUAUUUUUGGCUGAGGUGGGUCUUUGUUGCAGUGCGUGGGCUUCUCAUUGCGGUGGUUUUUGCUGCAGAGCACGGGCUCUAGAGCGCAGGCUCAGUAGUUGUGGCCCACGGGCCUAGUUGCUCCACGGCAUGUGGGAUCUUCCCGGACCAGGGCUUGAACCCGUGUCCCCAGCAUUGGCAGGGAGAUUCUUAACCACUGCGCCACCAGGGAAGUCCAAACUCAACAUAUUUAAAACUACACUAAUUUGCACCCCACCUACAGAUCUACUCCCAUAUUACAGUCUUCUCUAUGUCAGUAAAUGGCAACUUUGUUCCUCCCGACCAGAAGAGAAGAUCUUAUCAUUUCCCUUCAUUUUUCUCUUUCACAUACCGCAUGCAAUCCAUUAAAAACAAAACACCUGGGCUUCCCUGGUGGCGCAGUGGUUGAGAGUCCGCCUGCCGAUGCAGGGUACACGGGUUCGUGCCCCGGUCCGGGAAGAUCCCACAUGCCGCGGAGCGGCUGGGCCCGUGAGCCAUGGCCGCUGAGCCUGCGCGU